AUGGCUCCGACGACCCGCCGAGCCAGACGGGCCUUCGCCGAGCUUCCAACGGACGUGCUGUUCGACGUCUUCCUGCUGCUCUCGGCCAUGGAGCUGUGCCGCCUCCGCGUCGUCUGCCACGCAUGGCGCUCCCUCACCUCCGACACACAUUUCAUCCGUGCGCACGCCGCCAGGCACCAACGGGACCCGCUCUUGGUGGCGAGCUUCUUCCUUUCCGGUCCUUCAGAAGAAGAGCGGAUGCUAAUCGACCUCAUCGAUCUGUCAGGCAAAACGGUGAAACGAGUAGCCAGCGCCAUGGACCGCGGGCAGGUGCUGUGCCCACGCCUCGGCCUCGUCAUCGUGGCCAAUAAGUCCGACAACACCUGCCGCGUGCUCGAUCCGGCGGCGGCCGGAGCUCAGUCGCCCCUCGCUCCAGGCCGCUACCCGUGCUCCCGGCGCCGUCGCAUCGGGGUCAGGGCAGCCGGCGCCGCCUGCGUGAGGCGGCCACCUCGUUUGCCUUCGGCAGGGUCGCCGCGCACCGGAGAACACAAGGUGCUGCGGAUUUUCCACCGCCUCAAGGAUGACGACCGUCCACAUCUCUUCGAGGUGCUUACCCUCGGCGGCGGUCGCCGCCGUGGCCGUGCACGGUGGAGAGACAUGCCGAGUCCUGACAUGUUCGUCUGUCCGGACAGCAGCACCGUCGUCGACGGGGUGGUCUACUUCUUGAGGAAUAAUGUCGUGUACAAUGGCAUGGUGGCGGCGCUGCCAGGCGCUGGCAUUGUUGUUCCUCCCACAGAUUCUGUAGCUUCGUUCGAUCUUGAGAGGGAGGAAUGGAGGAAACGUCUCCAGGGGCCUAUAAUAAGCAUGGGCUACGACUACGACGGUGAUGACUCGGACGACAAGCUCGACGACCUCAACCAUCCCUGGUGCCAAUUUGCUUUGGCUGAGCUGAAAGGCUGUCUAGUUCUGAUGAACUACUUCUACGGUAUGACUCACCUCUGGAUUCUGACUGACUUUGAGAGAGGCGUAUGGGUGAAAGAAUAUAGCAUUCUGGUUAACUCCAUCGUGCCGGCAUAUCUGCGCCGUCUAAAACCAUUGUUUGUGCUAGAUGAUGGGAGGUUGGUAGUACGAGAACGAGUCGGAGGAAAGUUGGCCGUAUAUGACCCCAGGACCGACGCUUGGGCAUGGGUGGAGUCAGGACCUCUUCCUCUUGGGGCAGUUGGUAUCUACGCAGGCAGUCUGUUAGGUUUACAAGAUGUAUGGUGA